AUGUUUCGCCGGGCCAACUACGCUAUCCUACAUCUACUAUUCAGCUUCCUCCUCACUUUGUACAUCCAAAAUGUUGGCGCAACAUGGUACAUGAAGGAAGCAAAAAUCUGUAACCCCAAACAGGACAACUCAUGGCUACCGUUCACAGGAAUCAGGAUCUGCCGCGAAUACGCCAUCAAGAAUUCCAAACCCAUCUUGCAUCACCAUGCCUUGUUGAGCCACUGCGACACUGGGAGACGAACGUUCGAAGUGUACGCUCUGUCAGAACGGAACGUAGACAUAAACUGGGAGAAACCAUUCUGUAUGGUGGUGGAUCCGGCAGUAGACCCCACAGCGAUCUCCAAGCCCGCGCGGUCUCUAUUUCAAACUUUAUUGAAGCCAUGGAAAUCACUCACUUUAUUUCAGCAACACCCCAACGCACAAUUGCUUGCCGAAAUCCACACAAAGAGGCGGGGGGUGCAUUAUACGGGAAAGGAUUACAAUGAGCGAGUUUCAAAGGCCCGAGAAUCGUCUAUAGAGGAUGUAGCGACAUCAUAUAUGAAAAACCUUAGGUGCUACAAGUUGGCCAGGCGGAAAAAGUACGCCAAGCGAGACAUUUCCAUCUAUGUCCCCAACACCCUUGUAGGGGGGUUGUUUGAAUGUCCGGUUCCGGGAAAUUUUAUUCAAGAUCAUUUCUCAAACAUAUCUGAUGCCAUGGAGGCCAUCUUACUGCCAACUGACUUUAAAUGCGACCCUGCAACCGCCCUACCCAUCAAACCCUUACUUGCCGACGACCCCUCCCACCAAUGGCUAGAUUACAAACUACAUGGCUUCAAAUUCGACUUCGUUCAGCGAGUCCCCUUCUUUUACUCUGUGGGAAGUUUGAACCAAAACCCAAACCUAAGCCCCGCGUCGAUCCCGGGCUUCGGAGAGUGGGCGUCUGACAUCGAAGUCAACGAAAACUAUCACUACACCCUCGCCGAUAUGGCAUCCAUAUCUGCCACCGUCAAUCAAGCCGUAUCGGUAGUGAAGCGCUUGGUGAGGGAUAUGGAUCAGAAUUGGAUCCCGUUCGAAAAGAACCAAUUAUAUGGGGAUGAAUCAGAACGGGAGCGCAAGAUGCCGACGGAAAUGGAGCAAAUACACGAAGUGGAGGACGACGAGAAGUUCUCGUCCAGAAAACAAUUCAAGACUGUGAAUGAUAACCAUCGGAUAACAAAAAAGGUGUUACACAUGUUGGAAAAUGCAAAAAUAAGCAUGGAAGAUGAAUUUCAGCUUUUAAAUUACCUUGUACGGUUGCCCCAUUUCGUGGCUAGGCUGAGAAUCGCCAUCUUACAAAAGCCGUGGGACGAAAUGGACCUCUCAUCAGAAAAUGUCUGGCGCGAGAAAGAAUAG